ACAUGAUAUGCACCGAGACGCCUUUUCCUCCCUGCGAGUACUAACAGCGCUGUCAAUGUCAUACAACGAGCUGAAUACAAUCAAGCGUCAGUAUUUCCAGAUGACAACACGGCUGAUAUCCAUAGAUUUGAGUAACAAUGCUAUUGAGGUAAUAGAAGACAGCGCUUUUAAGGAACUGGAAAAUCUACAAAAACUUCGCUUGAGCAGUAAUAAAAUCAAAGCGAUUAGUAAUACCACAUUCCAGAUGUUAACCGAACUGGAAAAACUAGAAUUACAAGAUAAUGACAUAGAAACCAUUGGAAACUUGGCUCUACGCGAUCUUCGGAAGCUGCGGUUUCUGUCAUUCAGCAGAAAUCGUCUAAAGACGCUUCCUGCCAGGCUCUUUGAUGGAUUAGAUUCACUAGAAGAAUUGCAAGCAAUUUCAGAGCAUCAUGUUCCAUCUAAUUGUUUUUCAUUAGAUAACAAAGUAAAACGUUUAUUUCAUUAUUUCAGUUCUGUAUAUUUUGGAGACACUGAAGUUUAUUGUAUCAUUUUUAGAUAUCUAUCAAGCAAUGGAAUUACUGAAAUCCGAUCCAGAACCUUCAACGAUAUACCAAAAGUGAAAUUCAUUGUUCUCAACAGAAACUUGGUGAGUCGAGUAGAAGUGCAAGCAUUCCAGUCUCUUCCUCUUCUAGAUAUAGUGUAUCUUGACGAAAACAAAAUAGGAGAACUACAGAAAAAUUGUUUCGGAAAUGGAACAAGACCUACAAAAUUAUAUUUGGGUUCCAAUCCACUGCGAUGUGAUUGUGGAAUGAAGUGGUUAAUGGAGUUUGUGAAAACACAUCAGAUCACUCUAGAAUUAGAAAACAGAGAGGGAGACUCUGUAGCCACACUCUGUAAUGAACCUGAGACUCUUAGAGGACGAAGUGUACACAGCCUUCCACUCACCAAUUAUCAUUGCGAUUGUCGAAUACCUGGGCAAAUGUACGAAGGGACUGAGAACAAAACCUCUAAAGGCGUUGUCUGCCAGUCCUGGUCAAAACAGAUACCACAUCGACAUGACUAUGACGUCCUAGGACAUAACCAAUCAAACUACUGUAGGAACUACGACCGCGAAAUCCCCUGGUGUUUAACUAAUGAUGCGGAUGUGAUGUGGGACUAUUGUCAGGUCCCUAUUUGUGACAACGUGUGCUAUGAUUUGAAGUAUUCGAGAUCUUUUGAUUUAUGCCCAGUUAAAAAAUCUAAUUGCAGUGAAGUAAAAGACUUCGUCAGAUGCCAUCUAUCCAGCGUGGAGAAAACAAACCAUACUUCGUGUUUUGAAUCAUUCAUGAUGGAGAGGGCUGUUGUUUCCAGUCUUGUUGAACAAAAUAUCAUAAGGAAGGAAUUAAGCUUGAAAUGCUUUCCAUCACCGUGUGCCGAUGAGCGAUUCCUGGAGGCGGCAAAAGUAAGGACAUACAGUGGGUUGAUGCCUUACAAUCAACACAUAUUUUGCUGGUCAGUGAUGCGCCUAAUCAAUACGGAGGUAGCAAACAUCAUGGUUACGAACAAAUCCACGUGCUAUGAACGAGAUAAAUUGAAGAUACUGAAAGUUAUACAAAAUGAUUUAAGAGGAAUAUUCGAUGACAAAAAAUUUCUGCUUUCUGAAUGUCCGUUAUCAGUGACAUAUGACGAAGUGACAGAGGAAGAAGAUGGCAUAACAAGGAAUCUGGAAGAAUUUAUUUUAACAAACCUCCAUUUCGUCAUCGGCGGAAUGGCUGGUUUCCUGCUGGUUAUUGCGGUGGUGGUGCUACUGCUUCGUCUCCGAUUUAAAAGAAAGAAAGAAGAAAAUACGCUGAAUGAAACCCACAACAACAGAGAAGCCCACAUUUAUCACGAUAUUGGCGAUAUGGAUGACAGUGACAUCAAACUAUAUGGAAUGGAAAAGCGUCAAGGGGAGGAAAGGCAUUCAUACAUUUCCCUUCAACCAAUUGUUGAACCUCCAGACAGGAAGCCGUCACAACAGGUUAUCGGAGAUACAACUAGUUCGUCUGUCUCGCAAACAGGAACUACUGCAUCUGCCAAACGAGAUACAUCAGCUGACGGUGAAUCAAUAAUGCUAGUAAAACGGGUGGGGUAAUUAUAUAUAGAAAUGUGUGGCAUAUAGGGGUGAAGGUCGUUAUCAGGAACAUAAAAGCAGGUGUAUAGUCCUUAUGAAGCUAUUUACAAUCACUUCAAACCAGCUUUGAAUCAAGUGACGUGGUUCGAAUUCUGUUCUAACGUCUUAUCACCGGUCUUGUGAAGUAUUGGACGACGAUAUUAAAGUGCUUUGAUGGAAAGUGACCAUACCCAGAUUAGACGCGAGCUAAACACAAGUUUACUCAGGAUAUUUCAAAGUCAAAGACAACGCUUCACUUGGUGAGGCCGGUUGACAAUGCUUCACUUCGUGAGGCCGGUUGGUGUAUCUUUUUGCUCUGGGUUUGUUUUUAUGCUUUUUUAUUUGUCAUCUUAUAACGUAGCAUUAUUUUCGUUAUUUUGUCUUCUUUGGGGGAAAUCAGAUUUUCAGUUAUUUAGCUUUGCAGGUACUUUGAUGUAAAUUGUAUUAGCUGAUUUCCCCCAGAAUCUUCUGUUGAAGAUUUCUUUCUUCAUUUGGUAUUGUAAUAAAUGACAAAUUUUCAAUCUCAAUCAC